AUGUUGUUGCAAGCCUUGGGAAAUGACCGUGAAGCCGUGGGCGAUGCGAUCUACGGAACCAAGAUCGGUGCGUUGGUCGCGAUCAAGGACAAUUUCACUACUCCAAGAGCAGUCGUUUCUUUGCGCUUCUUCAACUGCUUUCGCCUCCUCUUGGAAAAGGCAGAGGACCCGGACGAGAUGAAGAUCUACGUGGAGACCUUGGCUUUCAAACAUUUGAACAGCGAGAUCACCGAGCAGCGCGUGGACGCGGUGAUCUCCGCCUAUAUGGAGCUCAUGACCAUCAACGUGCCGAACUUGCCCCCUGGGACGGCCGCAGCCUGGAGAAACAUUUUGGGCUACUGCGGCUCAUGCUACAGGUUUGUUGGAGACAGCUACGGCGAGCGUUUGCGAGUCAUCAAGGAAGAUUGGGCCGUAGUCCAACAGGCUUCCAAGCACCCGGAAUCGGGACGCCAGGCCUCCAACCAGGGCGAGAACCAGGGCGAGGGGGACGGCGAAGGUGGCGACGAAGAGACAAAGGAUGAUUCGGCUGAGACCUUCAGCUUCGGCCGCAUGUGCGCCUUCAGUAACGAAGUCAUGGGCCAGAAAACGGAAGGCUGGAUGCUGGAGCUUCUACAAGUGUUUGAUAUUUUGGUGGAGAUGAUCUCCAGCCCUGUCCACUUGCAAGAGGAGUGUGACUUACUGGCGAUCAACUUGAUCACCAAGUCGACCUCGAUCGACUUUGAGAAGUUCAAGCCGGUGAUGUUGGCGGCCUUGCGAUCCUUGCUUCCCAAGCAGUGGAGCACUUUGCACGAAAAUGCCUGGGAGUGGCUCUGGAUGACGGUGGCCCGCAACUUGAAUGAGUCCACCAUGAAGGUCCGUGCCUUUAAGCCCUACAAUGCCAAGAUGUUUUCCCAAUUGCGGGAGGAGCAAUUGGACCGGUUUCGGGCGGACAUCUUCACGGAGUUCUUCGCCAGGAGCCAAGCCUCACAAGAUCUCUUCAAACAGUCGCAGAGUCGGCUGCGCUACAUCGCCGAUCGCGUGCUGCAGAGCUCCUACGACAUGUUCCACAAGAACAAAGAUGAGACGCUCGAUGACCUUUCGGCGUUGGGUUUGCGCCACGUAGGCUAUGGCAUCCCCAUCGAGUUGUUCGGGCCCUUCGUGGACGUGUGCGUGAACGUGAUGCAUCCAAUGGUCCAAGAGUUCCCCAACGAAAAUGAAAGCACCAAAAUGAUGUGGUGCCCCAAGGACAAGGCACACCAGAUUCAGGAGAAAGAGAUGCCGGAACACAUGAUGAUUGAGGGCUUCCGAUGGUCCAUUGGUUUGACGGCACGGGUCCUGGUGCGAACCAUCAUGGAUGGCUCCACUGCUGUGAUGCAAGCGAUCCACUUCGACGACUCGAAGCGUUUGAGGCGAGCGCUCUUGGACGCUCCCCGAGUGGAGCGCGCUGUUUGGCAACUGGCUGUCCAAGUUGGUAGCCAAUCCAUUUCUCCGCUCUUCUGGGCUUUGAGGAGUGGUGCUCAUGACACCGCCAAGACGAUGAUCCAAGAUGUGCUGACGAUCCGAGCUGACCGUGAUCACUACUACUUCGGAGCAGAUGAGCUGUUCAGGUUCCAGCCGAACAUUGCAGACAACAUCCUACGGGAGGCACCCUUUUUAGCUGAGACAUUGCUCGAUGGCCUGAUUUGGCGCUCCCACAAGAGCCAGGACAACUUGCGCCCGGUGAUCUACUACCUGAAACACUUGCUUCAAGACAUGGACGAGGAGCAGAUGUUGUCUCGAGCUUUAAUCAGCUAUGUCCGUUUCAACCACCCACAGACCAUUAUGCAUCCGAUCUUGACCUUUUCCUUGGACUUGCUUUGGGAGAAGUUGGCCAAGCGCUUCUUCUUGAUGGACCGGGUGUUAACGAUGUUCAACUGCGUGAUCUUUGUCUUGGCCGAAUGCUUGUUGAACCAACCUGACUGGAUCGUUGACCCCACGAUGUCGAAGGUCAUUGGUGGUUUCCGAUUUCUGGUCUAUACCAUUGGCUUCGGCCGAUUGCUCUAUUGGCACUGCUGCCAGUUCUACAAGGGCUACCGCCAUGGAGCUGUGACCAAGCUCGCUUGUUUCAAGUUCCCCUCCUACCUCUUCAGAUCGUCUGAUUUGCUGAGCUUUUGCUUGAUGUGCGACCUUCUGGCGAUGGCCACUGUGGAACCGAUGUUCCAUUGCCUUGGACAUUCAGAGGCCGUGAUCGAAUUCCGCUGCGACAAAUGGACCGACACGAUGAGCCUCCUCUAUGAGAUCUUUGUGAUCAUCGGUGUUUUCUUGUAUGUGAUUUUGAUGGUGGAGGUCGGCAGUAUCUCCGUUCGGAUCUCCGAGUACCGCGUCUUGUGCCUCCAUGCCAUCGAACAGGUGCUGCUUUGCUUCGGCGUGGUCUUGCUGACGAUCUUGACCUUCUCCUUUGCGGUCAGCGGCAUGACGCGUGAGGUUCAGGCAAUUUCAAACACAGAAUGGUCAAAUGUCGGAUCGUCGAUCAGCACCUUCAUCCGCAUGUCCUUUGGAGCAAUGGACCUAGCACCGAUUCAGACCGUCGCGGCCGAGAGCCCCUUGCUGAUCGUGGUGAUCGUCCUUUUCAUGAUGAUGGUCUACACCUUCUUUUUCAAUCUCCUGGUGUCGCAAUUCUGUGGGGUGUACACUUCGCUGGCAGAAGACAUCAAAGGCCACGCCAGGCUGGCUCGCGGUGAGAUCAUCAUCGAAACGUUUAAGGCGGUGCGAUUGACACGCUGGCAGAGGUUCAUGAAUUCCCUCAACUUGGAUAGCAAAGUGGACUUCGAGGAAGGUGACAUCGGCUUGGCCGGAGGCGAGCGCUGUCUAUAG